CCGGGCGCGGAGGUGAUUCUACACUGAGGGGGAACGCGACGGCAAGGGUGGCAGUGGCAGCGUUCGUGUGCUCGGGUCUGAAUCACUGAGGGAGGAGGCGGUGGAGGAAGAGGUGGCAGCGGUGGCGGUGGUCGUAGCGGUGGCGGAGGCGGCGGGUACGAAUCAGCUGCGGGCAGAGACAUGGCCAACAUCGCGGUGCAGCGAAUCAAGCGGGAGUUCAAGGAGGUGCUGAAGAGCGAGGAGACGAGCAAAAAUCAAAUUAAAGUAGAUCUUGUAGAUGAGAAUUUUACAGAAUUAAGAGGAGAAAUAGCAGGACCUCCAGACACACCGUAUGAAGGUGGAAGAUAUCAACUAGAGAUAAAAAUACCAGAAACAUAUCCAUUUAACCCCCCUAAGGUCCGGUUUAUCACUAAAAUAUGGCACCCUAAUAUUAGUUCCGUCACAGGGGCUAUUUGUUUGGAUAUCCUGAAAGAUCAAUGGGCAGCAGCAAUGACUCUGCGCACGGUAUUAUUGUCAUUGCAAGCACUGUUGGCAGCUGCAGAGCCGGAUGACCCCCAGGAUGCAGUAGUAGCGAAUCAGUACAAACAAAAUCCUGAAAUGUUCAAGCAGACAGCUCGACUUUGGGCACACGUGUAUGCUGGAGCACCAGUUUCUAGUCCAGAAUACACCAAAAAAAUAGAAAACCUCUGUGCUAUGGGUUUUGAUAGGAACGCAGUAAUAGUGGCCUUGUCUUCAAAAUCAUGGGAUGUAGAGACUGCAACAGAACUGCUUCUGAGUAACUGAGGCACAGGAGCUGCCGCCAGCGACGCUCGCCUCUUCCCAAGGAGCAUCAGCACCUGUUAUUUUUAGGAUUCUGCAUAAAUUUCUUUUAAACUGGCAUUCUUGCCUAAUGAUGUUAUCUAGGCACCAUUGGAGACUGCAAAAAAAAAAAUUCCCUGCUCUGUAAAUAAAGCUAAUUAAACGUCUGUGUAAAUUUAAAAAGGGGAAAUACUUUAAUUUUUUUCUUAAUAGUGUAAAAAUUCUCUGAGCUAAGCUAAAACCAUGGGAAAACAUGCUACUUAGUGUUUAGCAGUGUAACAGAGUGCGAGUUUGCUUCAGGGUUCUAUUGACUAGGAUAACACUGAGUGUCGGCCCUUCAGAUUGUGGUAGCCUCACAGCUCCCUUAAGUGUGAACACGGAGCCUCUGUGCCUGUGAAUUUACUUGCAUGCUUGUACUUGACUUCUUAGACUGGGUAGCUGAAAAGACCACCCUUUUAAGCAUUAGGACAUUCUUGAAUUAUGAGAUUUAUCCUGAUUUAAAGAUGGUGACCUAAUCAGAGCUUUUCGUCCCUGUGAACUGAUAGGGACACUCUUACUUUUCCCCGUCACCAUCCAGAGUGGAGAUUCUCAUGGUCAAUUUCUUUUGUGUUUGGUGGGAACAGUGUCCCUCGUUCCGCUUUUAGCUCAUAGGUUUGGAAUGUUUUGUCCAAGUCCUUCACUUUGUAAGUAGUAAUGUAAAAAGGGGCUGCCAAUUUUAUUUCUCUUACAAAAGGAGUAAUACAAAAUACUUGAUGUUGCAGUAUUUCUAGAUUUAAUAAAAGGACACUGCUUAGUUUUUCAGUGAAUUUGACAUUAGUUUUUAAAAUGAUCGUCUUUGGAAACUUGAAGGGUGCAGCACCUGUCCCCAGUGCCCAGCCCGGCCUGACGAGGGUGUGGCCGUGUCUGUCAGACACUUGAGUUCCUCUUUCUGCACUCCCCAUGGUGACACAUGAAAGCUGUAGUAUCUCACUGUACAUACCAGAUGCACAUAGGACCAGGGGUAUAUUCUCAAUCUAGCUUUCUUUAUGAUGUUUCUGAUAAUGUGAGAGUUGAAACUUUACCUUCUCUUGUACAUAGACUCCUGUCCUUACGAACUGUCGCAUCUCAUUCUACGUUCCGGAGCUUGACAAAUUUUAGUUUUGCAAACGCAAAUACUUAAUUUAACCAUCUUAAUUAAGGUUCAAGUGAAUUUAUAUAGGCAAUUGUUACAUAGGAGAUAACAGUUAAAAAAUUUGAGACCAAUGCAUCAAUUACAGAAAUGUAAUGGAAUCAGACUGAAUUAAAGUAAGGCUGUAUGUAUAUUGAAAGUCAUAUUCUAAAAGGUUUGUUUUCUUGAAGUGUUGAUUCACCUUAUAGUCAUGAAGUGUUUCAAAAAUACUUUUUGAACCUAUUAACUCAGCAUAACUUCAUUUGACUUAAUAAUCUUGAUACUACAAGCAAUAAAAGAACCAUUAAUAGACCAUUAGCGAUGUGAAGGUUCUUCCAGCCACUUGUAAGGCUUUCACAGUUGACAGUGACCCGAGGGUCACUGCUCCUGCACACUAGACCCAACCUGCCAUAUCGGUCUCCAUGUUUGCGGAUGCACUCACUGCUUGUUGCAGCUCCAUCCUUUUAUUGCUGUAGGUUAUUUUAUAAAGAUGCCAAAGGACACAAGGUUUUCUUUAUUUAUUUAAAUAGCUAAAACUUUGUACUUUUCUUUAUAUUCUCAGAUAAGAUGAAAAUGUGUGAAAUAACAGACAGUUUACCUCCACUGUUGGCUAGGACUUUUUAAUGGAGGGUGGUUUGGCAACACUAACAGAGGUAUUGAAAAGCAUAAACACUUUCUUGGCGUUUCCUCCCUGCCUGUAUAUAUCAGGGUAUAUUGUCUGGUUAGAGGUAGGUGACAAGAGCCAAGCAUUACCUACUCUGCUUUGGAUGCAGCUAUGUUUAUGUAUUUUUGUUGUUGUUUUGUUUGCUCUGUUUUCUUGUUUUUGUUUUUUUUGUGUGUUUUUUUUUGCAUAUUGGCUUCAGACUGGUUCCACUAAACAUUUAUGUGUUCCUCGUACCUAGGAAACAGGAGAUGUAUAUAUAACAUGUAGUUUCAUAGAUUUUACAUGAUGAUGCCAUCAUCUCUUGCGAUCCUAGCACUUACGUGUCAGAACCAUGAGCUCAAGACUGUCUGGGUUUCAUAAGCAAGACUGCUCGGGGUUUUUCAUGUUCAUUUAAUGUGAUAAAAGCCUUUCUCUGGGUUUCCUCACUA